AUGGACAAGUUAAUAGGCACGAUUGCUAUUAUUGGUCGAAUAAGGACCCCCACUGGCACAAAAGUGCAGACGUCAGUAUCGAUGGAGUAUAAUGGUAUGGUGCGAAAUUCUGACAAAGGAGCCAAGCUAUUAUUCUACGUACCGUUAAGCUUGCUGAUUUGCAUGAAUCUGGUAUUAGUUGUACGAAUAGCAUUAGAAAUCAUAAAAUUCCAGCGAAAGAUAGAACUGCGCCAAUUCGCUAGUAAUAUCCAGUCAGUGCACAAAGAGCGUUGGUUGAAGCACAUUGUCUUCUUAUGCCUUGGUCUAUUUUCUCUUAUGGGCAUCAACUGGAUGAUUGAGCUUGCAUCGUGGUGGGUAGGUAGCAGUUGGCAUGCUUGUUCGGCGUUCGAUAUUAUUAAUGCGCUCCAGGGCACUGUCGUCUUUGGACUUUUUGUGAUACGAUCACCACUUCGAACAAUAAUCUGGUACAAUCUUGUACGCAGAUUUGAGGAUCAACGGGCAUUUCAAGAUUCAGAUGAACCUUAGAACACGACUAUUAAUGUCUUAGGGUCAUGGAUCUCACAGACACAUUAGCAAAGAAGUUUACUAGCUAACUUUACAGCCGCAAUCACCAUUGUUACCGUGAACUUAUACAGUGGAGAAUUUUUGUAAAGUGGACUUGGAGAAGUUUUUCCUGUACUUCACGUCCUUCUUGCCUACUUCUUAAAUCCUUUUACUUCCUUUUUAUUUUACAGGUACUACUAGGUAUAUGCUCACAUGUUUUUCCUAAAUAUAUUACCUAUAAAAUACAUUAUCU